AUGGAAUACAUCUCUCCAUUCGUUCUGUUACCGUCAGAAAACAUCCAAAUGCUCGACCUGUCAAAUAACAAACUUCAUAUUAUGCAAGAAAAACACACUAAGGAUUUUGAAAAGUUGUUUCGUGCUCAAAGAAAACUUCACUACCUGAAUCUCUCUUACAACAGUUUAAGUCAAAUACCGCGUGAAACUUUCUUAAAUAACAUCAUGUUGAAAGUUUUAGACAUUUCGAACAAUAAUAUAAAAAGUUUAGAUUUCUCAAUGAGCCAGCUAGUAAGCAUUGAAAAAGUUAUUGCUAGUCAUAAUAUGAUACACACAAUUGAUCAUCAUAUCAGAAUGGAAUUAGAGCUGGUAUUGCGAAGUACUCCCAACUACGGUGUCGACGGUAAUGACUCAUUCCAUUUGUACCUUGAGGGAAAUCAGUUUCAAUGCACGUGCGACGAAACAGGUAUGACAUUUAUUGAAUGGCUUCAUUCUGUUGAAAUUAUAGAUGAAAAGGAAACAUUAACAUGCAGUCUAGAGAAAAACCUCGUGGACAUUAGAGGCACAGGUCUAUUAGAAACCAAACAUUUCUGCAGAAUGGAAACAAUUAAGAGAAUUGCUUUAAUUUCCACGCCAAUUGUAUUCACAACAGUAAUGCUAGGUAUUAUUUUUGCUGUUUUUAUUAGGAGACAUCGUAAAAGAAAAUUAAGGAUACGUACAGUUAUUAACCAAAUCGAGGCGGGUACAUUUUCCUUACCGCAUCUAGUUUUCUUGUCGCACUGCAAUGAAGACAGCGACCUAGUAAUGAACAAAAUAUAUCCAGAACUAUGUAAACAUUUAUCUAAAAUGACUCGUUCAAACAAGCCGUUGGUGUGUUUAGGUGACAAGCAUUUCAGGCCUGGAUAUCCUCUUCGUGAUGAAGUUAUGCGCUGCAUAGAAGAAUCCUCGGUUUUUCUGGCAAUUAUUUCUAGGAAUUUCUGCAAGAGAAUGUGGUGUAAUUUGGAAAUUGGAGAAGCAUACGAUCAGAAGAAGCCUAUAAUAAUGCUUAUGGUUGAGUAUGUUGAAAAAGAAUUGAUGGAGAAUUUUCUACAGAAAAUAUUUAACCGAUACGCUCAUGCUACUUGGAAACCAGAUGACAAAGGCGGCCAUAUUGAACCAGAGUGGAAACUUUUCUGCAAGUCAAUUAUACAAUUAGCAGGAAAGUCGACUGCGACUGCGCAUCUUGUUGAUACGCCAGCGGAGAUUAUCGUCGAUAAAAUGCCCUUCUAA